UGUUCCUAGGGAUUUCAAGAUUUUACCUUUUGUCCUUCACAUUCCUAGGCACUUUUGCAAAAAGCAAAAAUACCAAAAAAAUUCUACUAAUAAUCGUAAUAUAAUAAAUAAACCUUGAAAAAAUCAAACCAAACCAAUCCAAAAAAUACACACAUCCCCUGUUUUUUCUUCUCUCUUUUCCCCUUUUUCUCCUUCAAAUCUUCCCACCUUCUUCAAUCAAUCAACUCUUCACUCACACAGUGAAAAAAAAGGUCAUCGAAAUUUCCAAAGAAGACGAUGCUCCAACCUUGAAAAUUCUACAACAAAGAAGGGGUGAAGAUAGGAAUCGUUUGUGGAUGGAUCCGAAGAGCCUAGAGCAGCCGCAAAGCAGCGCCGGCGCCGAAACGAAAGCGGCGGCAGAGAUGAAGGAUUUCCAGAUUGUGGCGGCGGCGGAGAGAGACGACUCGAAGAAGCUCGCCCUCGCUCCAAAGCGGAGCUCGAACAAGGACCGCCACACCAAAGUCGAGGGCCGCGGCCGCCGGAUUCGGAUGCCGGCUCUCUGCGCCGCCAGAAUAUUCCAAUUGACUCGGGAAUUAAGGCACAAAUCGGACGGCGAGACCAUCCAGUGGCUGCUGCAGCAGGCCGAGCCGUCGAUCAUCGCCGCCACGGGGAGCGGCACCAUCCCCGCCUCCGCCCUGGCCGCCGCGGGCGGCGCGAUUUCGCAGCAGGCCAGCUCGAUUUCGUCGGGCCUCCACCACAAAAUCGAUGAAUUAGGGGCUAAUCGGAGCUCGUGGCCUAUGAUUGGGGGAAAUUUGGGGAGGACUUACGUGAGCACUGCGGCGGGGCUGUGGCCUCCCACGGGAUUCGGAUUUCAAACGUCAUCUUCUUCGUCGACUUCGUCUGGUCCGUCAAUGGCGGCGGCGGCGGAGAAUUCUACUUAUCUUCAGAAAAUGGGCUUCCCUGGAUUUGAGCUGCCCGGAGGGAAUUUGGGGGCAAUGAGUUUCACCUCAAUUUUGAGCGGAGGAGGCGGGCAGCAGCUGCCCGGAUUGGAGCUUGGAUUAUCACAAGAUGGAAACAUAGGAGUGAUGAAUCCUCAGGCAUUCAGCCAGUUUUAUCAGCAGAUGGCGGCUCCGGCGGCGCGUGUCGCCCACCACCAUCAAAAUCAUCAGCAGCAACACCACCACCAGCAGAAUUUGUCGCCUAAGGAUGAUGAUUCUCAAGAAUCAGGACAGUAGAUUUGUCUGAAAAAAGUUAACAUUAAUACUAAAAAUGGUUGAUUUGUUUUUUGGGAAUGUAUUGUGUGGUGAUUGGUUUUUCUUCUCUUUUUAAAAAAUUUUAUUUGUAUUUUUUUUUUCUGUUUUUUGUUGCAUUAGUGUAUAUAUCUCAAGAAUGAUAGAUAUGUUCAUCCCAUUCUUCAGAUAGAUAGAUUGCAAUACAGCCUAUUUAUUCUUCUUGAUCAUAUAUUGUGUAAAUUAGAUGUUGUUUUUUUGGUGUAGAAUGUGAAGGCAUCAAUUAGUUUGAGGUUA